GUAGGGAGAGAAAGAGUGUGUGCAUGUGUGUGUGUGUGUGUGUAUAUGUGUUUGAGUGAAUGUGUGUUUAUGUGUGUGUUUGGGAGAGUGUGUGUGUUGUGUGUGUGUGCUUCUUACAGUGCCCCACUGGUGGGGCUGUUCCUCUGUUGGCCGUGUGACUGCUGCCUAGGGACAUCUGCUGCUUCUUGUCAGCCAGGAACCCAUGCCUAAGGAGGACACACACACUCAUACACUCUUACUCUCUCAUUCCUCUAACACACACACUCUCCAACGCUCUGUAGCUCCAGAGCCUUUCCGUCAGUCUGUCUUUGUUUUCAGCCGUCCAGCCACCAAGGACCAACCACCAUCUACCAUCAGCAGAUGAGCUGCAGACUUCCUUUUCAACAAGGAGCCCUCAACACUCUGCCACUGGUCUGAGAGUGAUCCAGUGGGAGACAGAGAGAGCAUCACAAAGUGAACCAACAAGUACAGAACACACUGCUUCUUGGAGAAGGAGAGAGUGAAAGCUCCGCCAGCCUUGGUAACCCAGCUGCCACUGUCACUGCCACCCAGCCCAGCGGAGAGGCUUGUCGCUGUCCACGCCUGAGACCAGAGACCUGCGUGAACUUGAACUCAAGUGGCAGAGUGCAUCCUACUGCCCAAGGCAAAGAUGAUUGACCUUCCUGAACUCUUCACCUGAGCUUCUAACUCUUCUCGCAUCUUUACUUUUCAGUCACACAUUAUUAGUUUCCAGUCAUCUGAAGUAACUUUCCUCAGAAGAGACCAAGAUUCUGUCAUCGAUCUGACAGCAGUGAUCACGACCGCCUGACCAGUAACCUUGAUUGCUCAUCGGAGAGUCACCCUCUCUUACUGACAACAAGCCUCAAGUUCCAUACGCACAAGAGUAGAGGGACUAUCUUAUCAAACAGAAACAAAUCCUUCUGUCCUGUUCAGUUGAUACCCACCCAACCUGCCCUGUAAGCAGUGAGAGACUCCUUUGAUAUCCUCAGAGAAGCAAAGCACAGGCGCCCCCUAGUGGUUGACCUGAAGCAUGGCAGACUGGAGCCUUCUUGGUAACUUCCUAGAGGAGGUGCAUGAACACUCCACAUCGGUGGGCAAGGUGUGGCUGACGGUGCUGUUCAUCUUCCGCAUCCUGGUGCUGGGCACGGCGGCCGAGUCCAGCUGGCUGGACGAGCAGGAGGACUUCAUGUGCGACACGAACCAGCCCGGUUGCGAGAACGUCUGCUACGACAGCGCGUUCCCCAUCGCACACAUCCGCUACUGGGUGCUGCAGAUCGUGUUCGUGUCCACGCCGUCGCUGGUGUACAUGGGCCAUGCCAUGCACACGGUCCGCAUGGAGGAGAAGAAGAGGAGGAAGGAGCAGGAGGACCAGGGAGGAGGGGAGGAUGAAGGGAAGGAGGGAGGAGGAGGAGAAAUCGAGAAGAAGUACCCACAGGAGGAAGAGAGGGAUUGUGGGAAGGGCCAGGAGGGAGCAGCCAAGAUCCGCCUGAGGGGGGCGCUGCUGCGCACCUACAUCCUGAGCAUCCUGGUGCGGCUGCUGAUGGAGGUGAGUUUCGUCCUGGUGCAGUACCUCAUCUACGGCAUCUUCCUGAACGCGCGCUACCUGUGCGAGACCAAGCCCUGCCCGCACAAGGUGGACUGCUACGUCUCUCGGCCCACCGAGAAGAACAUCUUCAUCGUGUUCAUGCUGGCCGUGGCGGGGGUGUCGCUGCUGCUCAGCCUGCUGGAGCUCUACUACCUGGCCUGGAAGCAGUGCCGGCGCUGGGUUCGCAAGUACCGGGACGAGCAGCAGCUGCAGGGGCAGGACGAACGCCGACCUUUGACCCCGUCCACUAUCACCGCCACCUCGCCAGAACCGCCCCACCAUGGCCUGCCUCUGCCGCCGUGCUCGCCGCCCCCCGACUUCAGCCAAUGCCUGCCCCCGCCCUCGCCCGUACACGCCCACUCCCACAGCCACUCCCACACCCACCCCAGCUGCCCCUCCUACAGCGACCGACUGGCCAAUCAGCAGAACUCCGUCAACAUGGCUGCCGAGCGCCACCGCGGCCUGGACGCCACGGCCCAGGACUUCCUGGGGAGGCCGUCCUUUCUGACACCGACCACCACGGCGGCACCUCCUCCCCCGCAAGAGGACGGAGUGGCCUGUCCCCAGGUGCUGGCCAACGGCUUCGUCAAGGACAAGCGCCGCCUCAGUAAGACCAGCAGUGCCAGUGUCCGCAUGCGGCCGGACGAUAUCGCCGUCUAAGGCUCUUAACAAGCCGGCACGAGAAACAUACUGAAAAAGAAAAAAUAGGACUGCACAUUUUUUUAUUUUUUUUUUAAUCGCCUCAUGAACAGUGUGUGCAAUGCCCAUUUCGCUUUCAACAGCCACACUGGAGAGUCAACUCCCCCUCCACUGAGCAGGUGCAUCUAUUUGGCACUCCACCAGACUGGACAAUAUGGUUUGCAUAAGCAUGAAGCAAGAGCGCUGUAUUGCCAAGAGCUCACAUACUGUAGGAGCCAAAGUAGAGGAACGUACCACUUCCCUUCCUGGGGGACAGCUUUAGCACUGUGAAGAAACAAUCAAAUACAUCGUUUGCACUACACACAGUAUCUGUUCAUUCUAUAGCUGAUUACACAUGCCGUCCACACAGCUCUGAUUAGAGUCUCAAGCACAACAGGUGUCCUGAUGAUGUUUUGCUGAUGAGCGCUCGAUGGACUGACAGGACAACUGCAUCUUCUCACUGUCCUCGCUGAGCACAAGGCAUGGAGAUGAAGAUAGAUGCAUGUAGACGACAGCUGUGACUGUUAUUACUUUUUAUUUUUGACUCAUAGAUACCAACCCACAAACACACCCACCCACACACACACACACACACAUAUACACACACACACACACACACACACACACACACACACACACACACACACGCACACACACACACGCAUGCAAACAAAUACACACACACACACACACACACAGGCAUGUGUGCACACAUACUGUACACACACACACACACAGACAUGCUGUGGCUUGAGAGACAGUAUUGAGGCCUCUUACAGAAAUGUCUCACAUGUGCCUUAGGGUCACUUGUACUGGACAGGACUGGCUAACUGAGGGUAAUGGGAUUUUAUAAUGGAAUGAUAUUACAAGAUAAGAUGAGAUGAGAUAAGAUCAUCCUUUUGCAUUUUUACAUUGAUAUUUGCAUUGUUACAGCUGCAAAACGAGACAGCAAGGUAUAGAAAGAAAAAAAAGAUGUACUAUAAGAAUAGCAUACUACAAAAUGUGACCACCAACAAAACAACACUUUGGUUUCCCCUCUGCACACAGGUAUUGCACAUAAAAUAAAAUAAUAUCAGUGUAUAAUAUCAGAUUAUAUCAGUGUUUAGCUGAAAUGAACACUUGAAAACACUCUCUCUCUCUUUCUCUCUCUUUCUCACACACACUCUAUCUCACACACACACACACUCACACUGACACACAUAUUCAAAUGCACACUUACACAUUAUUAUCACUCAGACCCAUAUGCAGUGUAUAGACACACACACACACACACACACACACACACACACACACACCAGUGUAACCAGUGCAGUCUUUCGCAUCGCCGUACCAAGUGUCUCUAGCAGCUGUAAGAUGACCCUGAGGUGCUGGAAGGUGCUGAAUGCGUGACGUGGUAAUCUUCCCCAUGUGGACAAGCGGACACCUGACCCAUCACCUCCACCAGAACUCUGUCAACAAAGAACCGCGCAGCACAGGCCGUCCACAGGUGUCCUUGAGGGUAAAGGACUGACCAGACCUGUGAACACACACCUGUGACUCAAGGACAGUGUUGCUUACAGUGAUACAUGAUGCCAGCAUGGCUGUAUGCAUUCAAAAGACACAACAGUCAAUAGCAAUGGCUUUCAUUGCCCGAGGAAAAUUACAUACACAAAUCACAAAUUAUUUUUAUGUUUUUCAGCAAAUCAUUUUUGGCCCAUGUCAGAAAAGCCAAUGAGUAUCAAAGUGUAUCUACAAAGACAUUUGAAGUUUGAAUUGUAACUGGAAUGUGGCACAUCUACGAGAAAUAUGAAAGCAGUUGGCUUUCCACUACUUUGACAAAUCUGAGUCUCCACAUAGCUUUGUCACAGCCUUGCUACUCCUGUUCACACCUACUACCACAUGGGGGCGCUCAUCUCCUCUCCCACCACCUCCCAAAGAGCAUGCAGAUGGGGCUCGCUCCUACAGAAACUCCUAACAUACCAGAGGUCGUCCUCGUGCAGCUGUGGAGUCUGGUGACAGAGCGGUUGUUGCCUACCGUGUCUAAUAUUAGGCACCCCUGGUCUCCAGCUAAGAGGUCUGCAAACCCACGGGGAUAAAUUUAGCAACCUGCUGCAUCAAUGAUCGGAGAGACCUUGAGAAAUGUUUGACCUGAGGGGAGUGUCUGGGGUUAUGGACGGGAGGGAGGGUGUAACAGACGCUCCUCAUGAACGUGAGACUUUCUCCAGACAGCUGGGCAUGGAGCUCCUCAGCAGCUGCAGAAUGGAGGCACAAGGCAGGCAGAGGCACAAGGCGGGCGGAGGCCUGCACAUGUUAGUGACUGGGUGCCCUCAGAACAGGGCUGUUUAUAUGGGACUGUUUGGGACUGUUUCGGAUGCAGGGUGCAGCCAACAAAUCAGCACUUUCUGAUUGAAUGUACUCUUUAAUUCCCAUGUCAUUAAUACACCUACAUGGGUUUUUUUUGUCACUGAUCCUUCACUGUUUAUGACGCUGCAAUGUAUCAUGGUAUCACUCUCUGUUUGUGAAUCACUGAACCUUAUAUUCAGUUGAACCUUACAUGCAUCCAUCCAUUCAUUCAUACAAUCAUUCAUAAUCCAAGUAAGUAUAUUUGACAGGUUAACAGCUGCAUAUAACGUAUGUUUUGUGCAAUUACAUUUCUAAAACCAGGGUAGAUUUUUUGGCACAAUAAACAUCUAAUAAAGAACUUCACGCAUCA